UAGAAGAAUCAAAUGAUAUGUCUACUAUAAAAAAAUGUAAAGAGUCCAUUUUAAAACUCUUGUUGCAAUGUUUAAAUUCUUCGCCUCCAAAUUUGGCACAUUAUUUACUUGGUUUUAAUUUGGAUAAUGUACAAAAGACUUGUUUUGAAAAUGCUGGUGUUGGAGGAAAUCCUAGAAACUGUUUGCACUCAAUUAUUGAUAUAUUAGAUGAUUCACUGAAAAGUCGUAAGAAUGGAGCCGUUAGUAAAAAUCAUUCAAAAUUGCUGGAGUUAUGCUAUCAGUUGAUAUAUGUAUUAGUUUCAAGUAAUCGAACAUCUAGACCAGUUUUGGUUUAUUUAAAAUCACGUAGUGACUUUAUCUUACGUCAUGCUUCUGCAUUGCCAUUUUACACAGAAAGUUCUAGCAAAAAAGUAAACUGUAGUGAUUUAAUACAAAUGAAUUGGUUGUUACGUAUAAUUGCUGUUGAGAUAAAAAUGCAUGUGCAUCAAAAUUUGCUGAUGACAUUAACAAAGCUAGUAUUAUUAUUCAUUGGAACUACUGAGAAAAAGAACAAUGUUCCUGGAUCAGAAUUAUUGCAAUCCCAAUCAUCCAACAAUUUAUUUGAUCAUUCAACAUUAACUAGAGACCAUGAUCAAGAUGAUGGUAAAGAUGAUGGUAAAAAGUUACUGAGCUUGUUAGAAAUUGUGGACCUCGAAUUUGAAACAACUUUUGAUGAUAUGCCCGAACUAAAAUAUCUUGAAUCAAAACUUAUUAAUCAGUUAUUGAGUGAGUGUGAAAUUGCUGGUAAAGUUCCAUUAAUAGAUGUUAAGCAGUUGCAUUCAAUACUGAUGAAUGAAUUAAAAUCAAUUGAUAGUUCAUCAACUGUUAGAGCUAGUUUGCUACAAGAAAUUCAAGAGUUGUUAGCGUAUGCUGUAAGAAUUAAUGAUAAGCGCCUUCAAGUUAGUUGUAUGGUAAAAUAUUUUGAUGCCUGGCAUCAGUUGACUGCUGUUAUAUUCAGUAUGGCUAACUUGCCGUCUAUGGAAUUCCAACAACGUUUCACAUUUGUAAUUGAUCUUUUGGUAUCACUACAAAGCAAGGUGAUUCGUUAUCCACAAAUGUCAGAUUUAUCUACGCUUAUCACAAAUUCCCAAUUACUUUUGUUGAUAAAUUUGAAAAAUACCAUUGACCAACAUUUGGAGCUUUGCGUUGUGAAUCCUGACCUUAAUUUAGGGUCAUUUGUUACUGGACAGUCUAGUGUUUAUUCUAGCAUGCUUCAAAAUAUACUUAAAUGUAUUCAACAAUCAGGUUCUCAAAAAUUACGAGCAAGCUUAUAUUCAUCGUUAAUAGCAUUGAUUAAUCUUUUGGCCACUAACAGUCGGACACUAACUAAUGGAAACUUCAAACAAAAAAGUAUCAUAUUUACUUCUACAGAUAAACAGAUUCUUGAUUCCGACUCCAUUAAGUUCAUUAAGUCUUUAAAUUUUGACCAAUAUUUAAGUGAAAGAAUCUUGGAAGUAAUUUGUGUUGACUUAACAUCUGGUCAUGAUAUAUGCAAAGUACUAUCGUAUACAUUAUGUGAACUUUUGAUAGAUAUCAAUCCUAAACUUAUAAGUUAUAUAUCUAGUCAAGGUUAUCUUAAAUGCAUUAUAUCUAGCCUUUUAGAAUCGGAUUCAGAACUCAAAGAUUUGAUUUCAGCAAAAAAUAAAACCCUAAAACCCAUUUAUGUAUAUGAAAAUAAAAUGAGUCUUUUGAAUAAAAUUGCAACUUAUACAACUGGUGCUGAUGCAUUACUUAAUCAUCAAGCUAUAGCAUGCUUGUCAUCAAUGAAGGCAAUUGAUGCUCAUCCAAAUUUUGAAACAAGUUUCAAACGUUCAAUGAAAGAAUUUAUGCCGGAUGAAGGUGAUCGAUAUAUGAUGAUAUGUUCACCAGCAAUGUGUUUAUGUCAAACAGUUAUAAGUACACUAGGAAAUCAAAAUAUGACUUCUAUUCUCCAAGUUGUCUAUUAUUUGAUUAGUCAUCGCGAUACGGUGACGAUUGCUCUUACUAAUUCAGCACCAUUGUGUGAGCAAUGGUAUCUUAAAGAACUUUAUCAAUUAACAUCUUUGUUUGUUAAUGUUACUAAUGAUGAUAUAAGUUCAGAAAUAAAUUCAAGUGGUGAUAAGGAUAUUGCUGGAUUAUUUUAUCAUUAUAGUGUGUUAAUGCAAAGAACUUUAAUACGAUUUUCUGUUAAUUUAUCCAUAAUACGAGCAAUACGUAAAAAGUGUUCUGAAGAAUCGAGUCCGAAUGAUGGUGAAACAAAUGUUACUUUAUAUUUGAGAAUAACAUUAAACUUAUUAAAUUAUGUAUCAAAUUUAAUGGAUGGUGGAUGGGCUACUAGUGGUCAGAAAUUUAAAAGACGGAUUUUGGAUGUUUCUGUGUACACUGAUCCAUUUAGCAUUACUUCUCAUGGUGAUUUGAAUCCUGGUAACGUUUUGUCAAUGGGCACAAUUGUCACAAUAAUGGUUCAAACUGUUGAACAUUAUUUCAUGCAAUUUAACACUAAAGCUAGAACUGAAAAUAGAAAAUCACCUAUUCAAUUAUUUGGUGAAAGUAACAAUGAAACUGAGAUAGAAAAUAAGGAUAUCGAUGACCAAACUCAACGUAUACUAUGUAAACAAAUAGUGGAAGUAUGUCUAUAUAUUUUGUGGGCUCACACAGAUUAUUAUUUUAUGCAAAGUCCUGUUCAACAUGUUCAUCGUCCUAAAGGAUUAAAUAGAUCAGGAAGUUCUAAUCAAGAUGAUGAAGAUGGUGUAACACCUGAUGAAUUAAAAGAACUAAGACAGGGAUUGGUGAAAGUGUUAAAUGAAGCAUUUCUUGAAAAACUUUAUGCAACAAAUGAAGAUAAGUCAGAAGACAGUUUUGUACAAGUCAUGGUUCACAGGAUCAAAAAACUCUUACAAUUUGUUAGUUCUUAGAGCUUAAGUAGUUUAAAUUAAGU